CUCAAUCCUUCAGGUCCCAACCUAUGGCUAUGGCUCUUCUGUCAGCUCAGCAGACGUCAGGCGGGAGGCGGAGUCGGAGGCCUUGCACCAGGCCGAACUGCGGCCCGCACUAAACGAUCCCAACCUCCCAGCCUACACUUACGCAAGUCCGUUUGCUCUGCAGCUGAAAGGUGAAUGAACCUUGCCUCCCGAGGGGCCCUUGGAUGGGCCUGCCUUGGAGGGGGGGGGCGGCGCAACUCGCCAUUCAUCACUCAUCAUGCCGCAAUCUCGGCUGCUUCCAGUCGGCCGCCCGUGUGACUGACGUGACUGACGUGUCGGCCUGUCGGCCUGUCGGUCUAUCGGUCCUGCUUCUUAUUAUUAUAAUCACCCCGAUCGGCCCAUCAACCUCGCCAAACCCGCAGCCCCUCGGUCCCUACAACCCCCUGCCUACACUUUCGCAUUUCCCCUUGGCAUCUAAUCGCAGUCCUAUACGUAUCCAUCAACGUUUAUCAAUCUCUUUUGGACAACAGGAAUACCAACAGAACAUCAUGUCUGCUAACGAUUACUACGGCGGCAACGGCGGCCACCACCAACAGAACCAGUAUGGUGGCCAGGGCUACGGACAGCAGGGCCACCACCCUCAGCAGCAGGGCUACGGUUCUUCCCCCUACAACCAGGGCGCAUACAACCCACCACCCCAGCAGCAGUACAACCAGUACGCAAGCCCCCAGCAACAGCAGCACCAGGGCUACGGCGGCGGCCAGCAGUACCCUCCUCCCCAACAACAGUACGCGCCCCAGCACGGCCACCAGCAGCAGUCGCAGUAUGGCCACCCACAACAGUCUCAGUACGGCCACCAACCCCAGGGCGGCGACUCAUCCUACGGCCACCAACAACAAUACGGAGGACACCAAGGGCAGCCAGGACAGCCAGGACAGCCAGGACAGGAUGAGCGCGGCCUGAUGGGCACGGUGCUCGGCGCCGGCGCGGCCGGCUACGCUGCGCACUCGGCCGGCGGUGGCGGGCUCGCAUCCGUCGGCGCCGCCCUUAUUGGUGCGAUUGGUGGGAAUGCGCUCGAGAACAAGUUUGAUAAGAAGAAGAAGGACAAGAAGGAAAAGAAGCAUAAGAAGGACAAGUACGGCUACCAAAAGCGCAGGGGCAGUCACGGCUCUUCGUCGAGCAGCGACUCCGACUAGGCUUUUGAUGGUGGUGCCGGGGUAUUGGGGGGCGGGGGCGGUCUACGCCAUUCUGAGACAUCGUUGUGUCGGUUUGGGGUGGCUUCUGGUCUGCCGCCUGUAGACUCGAGAUUCCAGUAGGGCUUGUGAAUCCAAUAAGUCUGCAAUGGAUUUGCAGUUGCGCUGAGUGAUGGCAGCCAGCUGUCACGGGAGGGUCAAGGCACAUUGCCUGUCUCAAGGCUUUUUUCGAAGUACCUGAUACCUUGAAAUUGACCAGUCUUGACUUUAUGAAUCGAUAGCCUCGUGAUUUGCGGCCUGUUCGGUUCACCAAGUUUCUUGCAACCGCGCCGGUGCUUCUCAAGUAAAGCCAGUCUCUUGACGCUCUCGCUCUAUAACUUUCUUGAGGCGAAUUAAAAGGCCGCUGCGCGCAGUUUGACAGGAACCAGUCUGGAGCCUUGAACGUACCACGACGUUAGAAGCAAUGCUUUCAUAGGCAGAAACGACUCAUUUGCGGCGUUCAUGGUCAUCAGACUUGAAACGAGGAUAGGGAGUGAGAGUCGACAUGAGUAGUCUUGUUCCCAAUCCUCAUACACGUCAUGGUGUAUAGGGUUUCUUC